AUGGGCCUCCGCGACUCGACCCGCCGACUCUUGCGCCGACUCAGCGGCCGCGACGUCAAACAAGAAGAGGCCGCGCAGCUGCAGCCCGUGGCACUCGCAGGCGCGAGCAAGCGCUCGACCACACGCUCCGAGCUCUGCAGUUCGUUCGCCACGACGGCCGUCAGUUGGGAAGAGCUCGACGGGCGGCGGAAAGCGCUGAGCGACGGCAGCGCCAAGUGGCAGCAGUGCGGCAUGUGCACGCGCAGCUUUGUGGCCGGCACGAGUCGCUACGUCGGCUUUUGCUCGCUCGACUGCAAGUCGGCCGCGCUCUACAGUCAGUCGGCACACGUCUACCGAAGACGGUAUCGCAACGCCUGA